AUGGUCAAAGAGCUCCCUUUCGCUGAUAUCAAAGUCCCCAUUCCCGGGUUUGGUGCCAUGGGCAUCAACUUCGGCUUGGGCAACAAUCUCACGUUUGAUGAGGCUGAGCCGGUGCUUCUCCAAGCUGUUGAACUGGGAUGCACCUUUUGGGAUACCGCCGUGGUAUACCAGGCUGGUAUCAAUGAGAAGCUCCUGGGUGAUUUCAUCAGGAAGCACAACGUUCGAGACAAGAUCUUCAUUGCUUCCAAGUGUGGCGUGGACAUCUUUGGUGAUGGAAGUAUCACGAACAAGGCCACCCACAUCAAGGAGUACAUCGAGGGCACUAUUGAGAGGCUCGGAUUUACUCCAGACCUCUACUACCUACACCGAAUUGAUCCUAAUACUCCAUUGGAGGAAUCAAUCCCCGCCCUUGAUGAGAUUCUCAGAGCUGGUAAGACCAAGUAUAUAGGCUUAUCCGAGUGCUCCGCGGCGACCCUUCGCAAGGCCAAUUCGAUUGCCAAGAUCGAUGCCAUCCAGGCAGAAUAUUCUGCAUUCGAGACUGUCCACGAAACCAAUGGGCUUAUUGAUACGGCCAAGGAGUUGGGGGUUGCUUUUGUAGCCUAUGGUCCAUUGGGCCAUGGCUGGCUCGCAGAUGACUUUCCAUACAACACUCCAGAUGACUUUGCGCCAGAUGACUAUCGACGAACUUGCAACCUCCACACCAUCAGCGCCACGGUGACUCAAAUCGCGCUUGCUUGGGUUGCCAUGCAAGGUAUGAUUGCGAUUCCGGGCACGACGAAGCCGAAGCGGAUGGAAGAGAAUUUCGUCUCGAGAGACAUUGAGUUUACUGAUGAAGAGUUGAAGGAGAUAAGGCGGAUUGUUGACACGAUUAAGCCGCAUGGAAAUAGACGCAGUGAGUGGGAUGAAGCUACUAUUGGACAUUAG